AUGCAUUAUCACUCAUUACUGCAAUUGCUAGCAACCAUAACCUUCAUUUCAACAGCAUUCACCAAACCACUCCCGCAGGCAGGAGAAGACCACUCAAAGAUCCACCGCGUGCCCGCCGCAAGCAGCCCAAAGAAUGGCGUAGUUGCCCUUUGCAAAGCCUACAGCAAGUACGGCUGGACGCUCCCACCAAAGGUAGCCGGCAAACUCGCCGCUAUAUCUAUCGAAACAAGCCAAAAAGCAGCCGGCAACAACAAUGACGCCUACUCCAACAACCCUCCUAGCUCCGCCCCUCCAUCUGGCCACGGCGUCAAAACUGGGACGGUUUCCGCAACUCUCGCAAACGAUAAUAGCGAAUACCUCAUUCCCGUCCAAGUCGGGUCGCAAACCCUCCACAUGAAUCUCGACACCGGCAGCUCCGAUCUCUGGGUCUUCAGCACCGAGCUCGAGUCCCACGAGCGCGGUUCUCACACACUAUACCAACCUCCAGCGAACAACCACAUCAAAGGCGCGAGCUUCAAUGUCUCCUAUGGCGACGACACCUCGCUCACCGGCUCCGUGGCCUUCGACACCGUCUCCAUAGGCGGCAUCUCGGUCGGUAAUCAAGCGCUGGAACUGCCCACUGACUUCUCUGCGGGCGUCCUGAACGACCCCAGCGAUGGUAUUAUCGGCCUAGGUUUCCAGAGCACCAAUAGCAUCUGCACCUCUGCGACACUGGGCGACUCCCAGAAGUCUGGCGAUGGUACCGGGGGAGGGAAGGCGGAAGGGGAGCAGAAAGCUAUCGGUACAUCCUCCUCCUGCCCAGCCGGCUACGUCCCCAAUCCGCGACCGACAUGGUUUGAGAACGCACGUUCGGGACUGGUCAAGGGUGUCUUCACCGCCAACCUGAAGUUUGGCACGCCGGGGUAUUUCGGAUUCGGGAGUAUUGACCAUAUUGCGUACAAAGGCGAUGAAAUCAACUAUGUACCUGUAGAUAAUAGCCGAGGGUUUUGGGGGUUUCGGGUCGGUGGGUAUCGCGUCGGCGGUGGGGCCAAGGGGGCCAAGGGGUUUGGAAAUGUGGAGAGUAUUGCAGACUCAGGCAGUAGCUUGCUCAUGUUGGAGCCGGAGGUUGCGAAGGAUUAUUAUGGGGACGUGCAGGGAGCGGUAGAGGGGGAUGGCGGAUGGGUUUUCCCUUGUGGGGAGGAGUUGCCAGAUUUUGGAUUUACGGUUGGAGAGGGAGACGGGGGGUAUGAGGUCGUGGUGGAGGGGAAGAUGGUGAAUUACGCGCCCACUAGUGAUGGGAAGAGUGAGUUGAUGUCCUAUCUUGAAAGGAUGAGAUUAGGGGGUACAAGUGCUGACUUUAUGCGUUUUGUAGUGUGCUAUGGAGGUAUCCAGAGUAAUGGUGGGCAAGGACCGCAGAUCUUUGGGGAUAUCAUGUUCAAGAGCCAGUUCGUGGUUUUUGACUAUGAUGGGUUGAGGUUGGGCUUGGCUCCGCAUGCAUAG